AUGGCUUCCCCUGCGCACGGCGAAACUACGGGGCCCGGACAACCAAAAAUCAUUCUUCACUGGCUUGAGGUUUCCCGGGCUCAUAGGAUCCUGUUUCUCUUCGAGGAACUCGGAGUUCCCUAUGAACUCAAAACCUACAAACGGACCAAAGAACGACUCGCACCGCCCGAGUUGAAGGACGUUCACCCCCUAGGUAAAUCCCCUGUUGUCACCAUUGAAACCCCAGGCUCGACCACACCGAUUGUGCUGGCGGAGUCCGCUGCGAUUGCGGAGUACUUUUGCGACUAUUAUGGCAAAGGGACCUCUUUAGUUCCCAGCAGGUACCAAGAAGGCAAAGAUGGACAAAUUGGAGCGGAAACGGAGUCCUGGCUGCGCUACAGGAUGUUCAUGCACUAUGCUGAGGGCAGCCUCAUGCCGUUUAUGGUUCUAUCGCUCAUAGUUGGAAGUGAGUAUUUUCAGGUCUCUCGCAGAAGGCACCAGGCGCUCACGAAAUCAGCCAUCAGGAAUGCUCCGGUUCCUUUCUUCAUCAAGCCGAUCACAAAUAGUGUUGCUGGCAAGAUCGAAUCGUCAUAUCUCCAACGAAAUAUGAAGAGCCAUUACGACUUUCUUGAAGCACAACUCGCAACAUCCCCGGAUGGGGGAGACUACCUCUGCGGGAAAGACAUCACAGCAGCAGACAUUAUGCUUUUGUUCCCCCUGGAAGCUGGUCAGACCCGGUCGGGAUUCACGCAGAGUCAAUAUCCCAAGAUCUGGGCCUACGUCGAGCGGCUCCAUGAAAGAGAUGCGUACAAACGUGCAGUUGCAAAGGUUGUGGAAAUUGAGGGCGAGUUCAAGACCACCUUGUGA